AUGAAUAAUGAAAAUGUGACAACAGCAACUGAAUUUUUUUUUCUUGGGUUCCCUGGACUUGGUGGGUUCAGAUUUCUUCUCUUCAUUCUUAUAUCUUCUGCAUAUACAAUGACGAUUCUCCUCGAUAUCAUGAUCAUUGUACUAGUGUCUACGAGACAAUGUUUUCAAUCCCCCAUGUACUUGUUCCUGAAGAACUUCUUAUUUUCAGAAAUGUGUUUUGUGAAUGUUACUAUCCCCAACAUGUUACGUAUCAUAUGGAUGGAUGGAGCCAAUGUAUCUAUCACUGGAUGCAUCGCUCAGAGCUACUUGUUUGUGUCUUCAGGUACUACUGAAUGUUAUUUUCUGACUGCAAUGUCCUACGACCGAUACUUGGCCAUAUGUAAUCCUUUACACUAUAACAGAAUAAUGGACCACACCCUUCAAUAUUUCCUGGUUAUCUUUUGCUGGAUGUUAGGUUUCCUUUUGUCAUUGAUCCCACUGAGUCUCCUCGUAAUGCUCAAGUUCUGUGGUCGGAACGUCAUUGACCAUUAUUUCUGUGAUCUUGCUCCUUUUGUGACUAUCGCUUGUUCAGAUACUUCUGCCCUGGAAAUAGAUAUUUUUGUUCUAACCAUCCCAAUGGUUGCUGUUCCAUUUGUUCUAAUCAUUGUAAGUUAUGUGAGUAUUUGUGUAGUUAUACUUAGGAUGCCGUCUAUAGGUAACAGAACAAAAGCCUUCUCUACCUGUAGUACUCACCUCAUGGUGGUGGGUAUGUUUUAUGGAGCGGUUUUAAUCAAUUAUUUUACUCCAAUUAGAGGAAACUCAGUAACUAUCAACAAAAUUAUAUCGGUUAUGUUUACUGUAGUGACGCCAUUGUUCAAUCCAAUCGUCUACAGCCUGAGGAACCAGGAUAUGCAUACUGUCAUAUGCAGUUACAUACAAAGGAAGAAAAGAUUGUGA